ACUCAACAGGCUGUUAACUAAUUUGUUUCCUAUUGUGACUCAAGAUUCUUUUUUUUUUUCUGGGGCAGCGCUUAUUACACCGUAUUUGCCUCCUAAACUCUUUUCUUUUUCUUCUUACCUCGUCUCUUCUUCUCUUUUCUCUCUCUUCAAUCUCAGUUGAAAGAGAAGCUGUUCCUAGAAGACAACUCUUGAUGGCGACAAGGUGACCGUCAAGACUGGUCGAUUUCGUCUUGGCAGCUGUUAAUCCGCCAGUCACCGUGAAAUAUCUCAGUCUCAAACUUCACGCCCCCAUCGUAUCCUCACAAUGGCGCCUCCUGCCCCCGAUCCGAUAUCCUCAGCAUCCUCCUCCGACCUCACCCUCAUGGACCCCGAGCCCAUGGCCUCAGAAACGACGCCUCUCAUCGGCAACAACAACAAGUCAAGCGACGACGUCGAAGAUGGCACCGCCGCCCGUCCAUCCCCCGGCAAGCCCCUGCCCAAGAUGCAGGUUUACCUGCUCUGCUUCAACAAGGCCAUGGAGCCCAUCGCCUUCUUCGCAAUCAUCCCCUUCAUCGCGCAAAUGGUUCAGCGCAACGGCAACCUGCCCUACUCGGACGUCGGCUUCUACAGCGGCCUGAUCGAGUCGCUCUUCUCCCUCACGCAGAUGUUCGUGCUGUACUCCUGGGGCUACCUCGCCGACACCGUGGGCCGCAAGCCCGUGCUGCUGUGGUCGCUCGUCGGCAUGACCGUGGCCACCUUCUUCUUCACCGUUUCGACGUCCAUCUGGCAGAUGAUUGUGUUCCGGUGCGUGGCCGGCGUCUUCAGCGGCUCGGGGCUGGUCAUCCGGACGAUGCUGUCGGACCACACCACUGCCGAGACGCAGGCCGUGGCGUUCAGUUGGUUUGCGUUUGCCAACAACAUGGGAAUCUUCCUGGGACCGCUGAUUGGCGGCGCGCUGGCCGAUCCGGCGGCGCAGUUCCCGGGUCUGUUUGGAGGCAUCAAGCUGCUGGAGGACUAUCCCUAUAUUCUCGUGGGCGCGGCCAUCACCGCGUGCAGCGUCUUCAGCAUCGUCUUGUCCGUGUUCUAUCUGGAAGAAACCCUCGAGCCAGAGUCGACCACCACCAGCGCUGGAGUAUCCGCACCGGCCCGGCCCCAGCGACUGUCCACCUUUGAGCUCCUCAAGGCCCCCGGCGUCGGCAUCGUCAUCUGGGUCUACACCCAUGUCAUGUUCCUCGCCUUUGCCUUCACCGCCAUCCUCCCCGUGCUGCUCUUCACGCCCAUCGACCUCGGCGGCGUCGGAUUCUCGUCCUCGCGCAACUCCGUCUGGAUGGCCAUCCAGGGCGCCAGCCAGGCCAUGUGGCUCGUCGUCGCGUUCCCGAUGCUGCAGCGCCGUCUGGGCACCAAGGGCUCCCUGGCCAGCUGCGUCGCCGUCUACCCGCUGUUCUUUGCCGGUUACGUCGCCAUGAACACGCUCCUCCGUAUCGGCACCGAGUCCAGCGUUGCGGUAUUCUGGGUCGUGGCCUUCAUCGUGGCCUUUAUCGGACCGGGUGUGUCAAUGGCCUUCACGGCCAUCCAGCUCGCUCUCAACGAUGUUUCGCCCAACCCGCACGUCAUGGGCACGCUCAACGCCUUGGCCAUGACCGCCGCUAGUGCCAUCCGGUCGUUUGUGCCUGGUGUUUCGACCGUGAUAUACGCCAUUGGCGUGAAAUACCAGAUCCUCUGGGGCCACCUGGUGUGGGCGAUUCUCAUCCCCAUAGCCAUGUCUCUGUCUAUAUUCGUUAGAUGGCUUCCGGAGGAUAAGCAGUCCCAUAAGCUCCCCCAAAACGAAGAUGAGGAGUAGAGUAGAAAAGAGGACGCAAUUUUUGAAGAGUUUUUUUCUUUUUUUUUUCUUCGUUUAGCAUAAAAGGAGUGCAGAAAGAGAGGGAUGAGAGUAGAUUUUACGUGAAAGAGAAUGCUGCUGGUAUAUAUUAUUAUACACUUUUGCAGCUACGUAUAAAGGGCGCAAAAUAACAGGGUUAAAUUCCCUGCUGGACAUCACGGCAGGCUGUGCAUCUGCAUAGAAAGCAUUUGGAUUGAAAGUCAUCUUCUUAUUACUACAUGUAUAUACAAAUAUAUAAGCGAAAUCAUUGUUGUAAACAAAUUUUCAUUACCAU